GCUCCCGCAAGGCAUGGCGGGGGUUGUCGUUUCUUCGACGCGCUCGGCGGAGGCAGGGAGCGGGAGGUCGAACUACAGUUCCCGGCAGCCCCUGCGCCCCCACCCCGUCCCGGGCGUCUCUGUGGAUGCGGGGAGCGGGGGGGAUAAUGAGAUGCGUGUGAAGCGGCUCUGUCCCGCGGGGCGCCGGAGUCGCUCUGUGCCGCAGGCAGAAUACAACGUUUCAAAAUGCUGCAGAUUAUCUGGGUGAACCUAGAGAUUAGAUUUAAUGUGCUUGUGUUUUUAGAAAUGCUGUUCCUGCAUUUCAUGAGAUAAAACACUUCACAAAAAUGAAAACUUGGAGAUCAGUUAAGGUAACUUUUUUACCAUGUCCGUGCAUAUUAACGAACUCCGAGAAGAACUUUUGAAGAAAGAAUAGAUUCGUCAUAAACACUGAUAUACGCAGUAUUAUUGGCUCAGGAUGCUAUCCACAUGUUUUUUUGUUUAAAUAGAAAAAGACAUCUAAGUGAAGAUGAGCCUGUGUUUGAUAUAUAGUGUCUGGAGUUAAGUGAGAGAAGGAAUAUUUUUUAAAGAUCUACCAAGAGUAAUCUCUAUCUGAGACCAAGAUUUUUCUCAAAAGAAAUAAAAUGAAGGACCUGUGUGAAAAAGCAGUAUUGAUUUAUUCCUCUGAAGGAGACAAUUUCAUGAUGAUUUAAGCCUCUCCAAACAUCUGGAUGUGGUGCUAAAGGCAAGUCUGUGUCUUUGAUCAGCUGAUUGAAACUGUGGAAAGAGGACCUUUAAUUUAAAGUAACUUCCGGCUGAAAUUCUCUUGCUCAUCAGCUUGAACAGAAUGAAAGGGAAAAUGAACAUGAUGUAUCAGUCAGGGGCCUCUUACUGAACUGAAAAAGGGAAACUUUAGACUAUCCUUUAAACUGUAAAAUUAUAAUAGACACCCUGGUCAAAUAUUUUUUUUAAAAAUUGACUACUAGGCAGAUCUCUACAGAUUUAAAGAAAGUCAGAUGUCAGCAAACGAUUCCUCUCCUCCAUCCUUACAGAAGUUUUCUUCUCCUGCAUCUCAUGCUGCCGCACCACCAGUCCCUUCUCUGUCUUCAAGUCCCCAGUCGGGGCUCUCCAACCGGCUGUCCAAUGGCAGCCUCAGUACACAGAGUCUCACCAACUCCAGGGGCUCUAUGCAUGGGGUCUCAUUCCUGCUGCAGAUCGGUCUCACUCGGGAGACUGUCACCAUUGAAGCUCAGGACUUGUCCCUCUCAUCUGUCAAAGACCUAGUCUGUUCUAUAGUUUACCAGAAGUUCCCAGAGUGUGGUUUCUUUGGCAUGUAUGACAAGAUUCUCCUCUUUCGCCAUGACCUGAACUCGGAAAAUAUUUUGCAUAGGAUUACAUCAGCAGAAGAGAUACAUGAAGGAGAUCUUGUUGAGGUUGUGCUCUCUGCUUUGGCUACAGUUGAAGAUUUCCAGAUUCGUCCUCAUGCACUUUAUGUGCAUUCUUACAAGGCCCCUACAUUUUGUGACUAUUGUGGGGAGAUGCUUUGGGGUUUGGUACGACAAGGAUUAAAAUGUGAAGGCUGUGGAUUAAACUACCAUAAGCGAUGUGCCUUCAAGAUCCCAAAUAACUGUAGUGGAGUGAGAAAGAGGCGUUUGUCUAAUGUGUCUUUACCAAGCGCUGGGCUUUCAGUUCCUAGACCAGUGCAAACUGAAUACACAGCCACUGCCACUGAAGAGCGCUGCCACCCAGAGCCCAGUAAGAGAAUUCCCUCCUGGAGUGGGCGUCCAAUCUGGAUGGAAAAGAUGGUGCUUUGCAGGGUGAAGGUUCCUCACACCUUUGCUGUCCAUUCCUAUACUCGUCCCACCAUAUGCCAGUACUGCAAACGUUUGCUCAAGGGCCUUUUUCGCCAAGGAAUGCAAUGUAAAGAUUGCAGAUUUAACUGUCACAAACGUUGUGCAUCUAAAGUACCUAGAGACUGUCUUGGAGAGGUGGUGUUCAAUGGAGAACCUUCUAGUCCAGGCCAAGAUUUGGACAUGCCAAUGGAAGUUGACAGCAAUGAAAUAAACAGUGACGGUAGUCGGGGUUUGGAUGAUGUAGAAGAACCUUCUCCUCCAGAGGACAAAAUGUUCUUUAUGGACCCUUCUGAUCUUGAUGUGGACAAAGAUGAAGAAGCUGUCAAAACUAUCAGUCCAUCAACAAGUAAUAAUAUCCCACUAAUGAGGGUUGUACAGUCAAUCAAACACACAAAGAGGAAGAGCAGUACAAUGGUGAAGGAAGGAUGGAUGGUUCACUAUACCAGCAGAGACAACCUGAGAAAGAGACAUUACUGGAGACUGGAUAGUAAAUGUCUUACGCUAUUUCAAAAUGAAUCUGGAACAAAAUAUUACAAGGAGAUUCCACUUUCAGAAAUUCUCCAGGUGAAUCAGCCUCGAGAUUUCUCAAACAUGGUGCAGGGCAGCAACCCACACUGUUUUGAGAUCAUCACUGACACCAUGGUAUACUUUGUUGGCGAAAAUAAUGGCAACAGCCAUCACAAUCCUGUUCUUGCUGCCACUGGAGUUGGACUUGACGUAGCUCAAAGCUGGGAGAAAGCCAUCCGUCAGGCUUUGAUGCCAGUCACUCCUCAAGCUAGCGUGUGCACUGCAGCAGGACAAGGAAAAGAUCACAAGGAAUUAUCUCUUAGCAUCUCUGUUUCAAAUUGCCAGAUCCAGGAGAAUGUGGAUAUCAGCUCUGUAUAUCAGAUCUUUGCUGAUGAGGUCCUAGGUUCUGGUCAGUUUGGCAUUGUAUAUGGAGGAAAACAUAGGAAGACUGGAAGGGAUGUGGCUAUUAAAGUCAUUGAUAAGAUGAGAUUUCCUACAAAACAGGAAAGUCAGCUUCGCAAUGAAGUUGCCAUUCUGCAGAAUUUGCACCACCCUGGGAUUGUAAACCUGGAAUGUAUGUUUGAAACCCCAGAACGGGUGUUUGUUGUGAUGGAAAAGUUGCAUGGAGAUAUGCUGGAGAUGAUUCUUUCAAGUGAGAAAAGUCGGCUACCAGAACGAAUCACUAAGUUCAUGGUCACCCAGAUACUUGUUGCUUUGAGGAAUUUACACUUCAAGAAUAUUGUGCACUGUGAUUUAAAACCAGAAAAUGUACUACUAGCAUCAGCAGAGCCAUUCCCUCAGGUGAAGCUGUGUGACUUUGGUUUUGCACGCAUCAUAGGCGAGAAGUCUUUCAGGCGCUCUGUGGUUGGAACCCCUGCUUAUCUUGCUCCUGAGGUACUCCGGAGUAAAGGUUACAAUCGCUCUCUGGAUAUGUGGUCAGUGGGAGUUAUUGUCUAUGUGAGCCUUAGUGGUACCUUCCCAUUUAAUGAGGAUGAAGAUAUAAAUGACCAAAUCCAAAAUGCAGCAUUUAUGUAUCCACCGAACCCCUGGAAGGAAAUUUCUAGUGAAGCCACUGAUUUAAUAAACAAUUUGCUUCAAGUGAAGAUGAGAAAGCGUUAUAGUGUUGACAAAUCUCUUAGUCACCCCUGGCUACAGGAUUAUCAGACUUGGCUUGAUCUUAGAGAGUUUGAAACUCGCAUUGGAGAGCGUUACAUUACCCAUGAGAGUGAUGAUGCUCGCUGGGAAGAACAUGCUUAUGAACACAACCUUGUGUACCCCAAACAUUUCAUUAUGGCCCCCAAUCCAGAUGAUAUGGAAGAAGACCCUUAAUAUUCGCCGUGCUAACUUCAUUACGGAAAGGUGCUUCAGAUAGAAACUGAUGUUGAUACUUUUCUGGACAGAUAUUGCUCUUUGAGUGUUGUUCAGAUGAUUCAGUCUACAAAACCAUGAAGAAUCCUGCACUGGCAGGUGGCUGGGCAAAAUGACCUAACAAGUUUUUCUUCAUCUCUAAUUUCUUGAACUAUGAAAUGUGAUCUGGCAAUGGGAUAAGCAACUUCGGUAACAUUUCACUAGCUGUAUGGUUACAGAUGAUGUUACUGAGGUGUAAUGCAUACAAACUGAAUGCAUGGUGUGAGUUUUCUGUGUUUUUUGUAGCCUAUGCAAUAACGAAACAAUUUUUUUAUGGUUUCCUUGUCCCUUAUUUACUAAGCCAUAGAAUACUGUUUUCUGGUAUUUAGAUACAUCUCCACUUUCCUAGUUUGUACAUUGUGGAAAGAGGCUGUAAAAAGAAAUCAAAACCGUAUACCUUGACCAAAUCACAACAGAAAAUGCUGGAUUAGGACUAAUUUAAAAGAUUGAAUGUUGUUUGACAGGUAUGCUAAAACAAUCAAGGUAAAGGAACAUGCUCAUUUGCCACUGUUUAAGCAGUUGAACGCUUGACUUUCUUUGCCCUGGUAGAAUUGAAGGAUCUUUCUCUGAAGAUAAGAUAGUAACACCAGAUUUCAUAUUUCUGUUGAAUGCUAACUGACAAUCAAAAAGCUAUGGUAGCCCUCAACAUUGUCUGUUACAAUAGAGCAAUAAACCACAACAGGGUGUGUAUUAAUAUGCAAGAUUGGCAUGUGUCUUGGGUGUGUACCAAAGGCGUUUUGUCUUAAAACCACCGAAGUAGUGCACAGAUAGCAUACACACUUUUAUGUAGCAUAUCCUUCCACUGUUGAAUAACUUUUAAAAACGUAUUUUAUGUUCAUUUUAGGUUCCCCGGGCUCAGCCUGUCUGCAGUAGUUUGUGGACUGAUAGCAACUCUCGAUCCCCAUUUUCUGUUGAACAAACUAAAUUAGGAAUCCUGUUGAAAAAAAAUCAGAAUUGAGCAUGAGUUAAAGGGGCUGUAGCGCCACAAACUGUUGCCAAAAGGGCAGCUGGAUUCAUGAACUAACAGGAGGAAGAAGCAUUGCCUCCUAUUUCAGCCUACCACUUUUUGCCUUCCAGUCUUUAACCUGCAAUUCCACCCUUUCCCCACUUCCUAAACUUUACAGAUUAUGAAACUGAAUUAGGAGCCCUAAACCAAUUCUUAUUCAGCUUCUUAACAGAAACUUCCAUUUAAACAUACCCAGCCACAUCUUGAGAACUGUGGCCAAAUGGAGAGGGAAGCAGAAGUUUCCUUCUGAAAUGACGGUGCAGGAAGAUAGUUCGGCAGUUAAAGUCUGCCAUGUUUCAAGAAGAAAGCUUUAUGCACACUAUAUUAAAUGGAGGCCUCCAUUUACUUAGUUGUGAGUUUCUGAGGAAAUUUCAGCCAUGUAUUAUUGGGAGUUGAUGCAAGACUAUGCAUAUCCCAGAUAGGUCCAACUAGCUAAUAAGAACUUGGCUUUGGGUAAUGUCCUUAUUAUGGUUUUUUAAAAUGUAAAUUCUGUAGGUUUCAGCUGCAAAGGUAAUUGAAGCCUUUGGGGUCUCCUUACUCUUCUAGGUGAGGUAAUUUUUUUUGUAGGCUGACUAAAAUAUUUUUAAUUGUAAUUAUCAAAAUCAUGGUGGGUGAGUAGACUUGUGCCUGGACUGAUGGAAAAUCAUCAUGAAAAUACGUGGUUGCUUCAGAGUUUCAGCUGCUCUUAGAUACAUAAGUGAACUGGCAAUGAAGUUGGUGGAAAAUGCCUAAGUGUAUCUGAAGGAAGAACAGGGCCCAUAAUUGACUCUCUUCCUGCUUGGCUUCCUUUAGCCUAGCCGCUGCAUUUUAUAGGUAUCUAGGCUGUUAGCAACUAAAACCUUACAGCCAGAUUCUGUACUAUACCUUCACCAGUGGGAAAUACAAGGUGCUGCCUUUGCACAUCUGGGAUACUGCCCUACUCCUGGGAUUGCUCUAAUGUUUGGCAGAAUCCCUCCAGCCACCAGUGUCAAAGCCUUCUGGCCAUUCCACCCUGACACACUCUUGCCUUGCAAGGCCAUGCCUCUAUUCUGAGAUUUGUUCAGGGCGUUGGCAUAGAGCUGCCCAUACCACUCCUGCAUUUGGGGAAUUCUCCAGGGGAUUGUUCUCUCCUUUUGUGGUGCUGGAAGAGUAUAAAGGAAUUGUAGUAGGAGGCAGAAUCUGCCCUCUUAACCUUGCAGCUUCAUUGAGGGGAGAUUUCAGGAUUGGUCCCUCCACAGAGAGUAUUGAAACACCUUGUAGGCUAAUGUAAUGGUAGUUUUAAUUUUUGAAGUAGCCUGAUCACCUGUGAAAUCAUUGGAUUAGUGUUGGCCUAAUUUCCUGUAAAGUUUGUCACAGCCAGGUUUUAAGAGGGAAGUGACACUCUCUUCUAGCUGCCACCAUUUCUUUAGCAUCUCUGAAAUUUGGGCACCAUGCCUCUUACGGCUGUAGUGCUUCAGACAUGGUUGGGCUUUCAAACUUGGAUUUUACAUUGCUGAGUUGAGGCAUUUCAGGGCUUCCAGUUACAUUUAAAGAAACAUCUUUAAAGCAGGUCAGUUGCUUGAAAAGCACAAUAGCUUUUGGCGGUUCUUGUAGCCAGAAUGGACAGGGAUGGUGUCCCUAGCCUCUGUUUGCCAGAAACUGGGAAUGAGCCACAGGGGAUGGAUCGCUUGAUGCUUACCUGUUCUGUUCAUUUCCUCUGGGGCACCUGGCACUGGCCACUGUUGGAAGACAGGAUACCGGGCUAGAUGGACCUUUGGUCUGACCCAGUAUGGCUGUUCUUAUGAUCUUAGCAGGGUUGGAGGAGAGGAUGGUAUCCAUGGAGGAGGAAGAGGCCUAACUACCCUCCCUCCACCCCCUGUGAAGUCUUUCUAUUUUAAAACACAAAAUGAGACCUAUUCAGUAUUCCCAAUUUAGGUUUAAAAACAAAAUGGGAAUUGAAACUUGCUUUUGGAGCCAUUUGGACUCCUGGGGUUGGAAGCAGGUAGUUGAGGAUUUCUUCACCCCCUCCCUCCUCCCAUGCAUUGGAAACAAACAUUCAAAUUAGUAGUAAAAGUGUGCUCCAAAUUUGUUGCCCUUUUCUCUAAUUCUUCUAUAGUGAAUUCCAUAGCAGUAGGAUAUGUUUAAAAUCCUCACCCAUGAUUUUAAAACUAAUGAAUUUUAGAAUUAAGUAGCCAUAUUCCAAUAGCGAUAAAUUAAGUGUGUGCAUUCCUGGAUCACUGGUACACUAUUAAGAUAAGUAAAAUACUUCAAGCCUCAGAAUGCCUAUGGCAUGGGCCAGUACUGUAGCAAUGCACACCCUGUUGUGGCUUGAUGCUUAAGGUGAAAAAUAACUGGAACAUUUGUAUUACUUUGAUAGUUAUCACACACAUGUUACAAGCCAUGAAAUGAAUUGCACAGCUUGCACUCUAACUUUUUUAAUGAAAGCCUAAAACCUUUUUUAUUAAAUUUUAAGCUUUAAGUCACUGACUAAGAAUCUGGAGUUAUAAUAAUCAGUUGCUCCAGAUGAAUUUGUACCCAAUGCUACAUAAUCAUUAACCUGUUUUGAAUUAAGAAGUUGCAUUCAUGCAAGAAAUAGUGCUAUGUUGAUGCUAGAAAAAGCUCAAGUAAAAUUUGUAGCCUCAAAAGGACACUGUCAAGUACUUUUUUUAUAUUUUUAUACAUCCCAUUGUUUGUAAAUAUCCUCUAAGCUUGAAAAUAAAAUUUAUUUCCCUAUCA